AUGGACUCGAUCAAGAUCAAGGUCGAGCCAGCGGCGGCACCAACCCCGCAAAAACCACCAACACCGACGUCAACAUCCAAGAUCGUCGAAGAAGCUCUAGCAAGGCAACAAGCCCGUCACGAAGAAGCUCUCGCACGACAGCAAGCCCGUCUCGACGAAGUUGUUGCACGGCAGCAAGCCCGUCUCGAAGAGAUAAUGCGCGAAAACGAGCAACGCCGAGACGAAGAUCGACGACGCUAUGAAGAGCAGACGCGCACACAGCAAGUGCUCGACGAGCAACGCCGAGAGGAGAAGUACGCCGAAGAGCGUCAACCGACCGCGACCGACAAGCAGUGCACGAUCAUAUUGAACGCGCACGCCAAGAUCAGGCCACCGCCGCAGAUCAAGCGCGCCAAGAACGACUUGCGUAUGACAAACGACGAUCCAAAGAGCAAGCGGACGCCGUCGCCCGCGCCAUCGCUAUGGAACGCGAACGCGUCGCCGCAACCGCAAACAGAAUCCAAGCCGAGCGAGACGCCGCGAUAG